AUGAACGAGUCUGGAGUCUUUGAUGCUACAGGCAGCUUCAGCAUGGGGAGCAGCCGCCUCGCAGGGGACAGACUCUACGUCAUUAAUGAAGCAGCCCUUGGUCUUCUUCUGAUCGGCCUGUGUGGCGGGAUCAUUUAUUUACUUGUCUUCAUGAUAGCUGUGUGCCGCAAAAAAAUCCACACUCAACACCUCACAGUGUUCAUGGUGUCGUUCACCUUCACCUCUGUCUUCCAGAUGCUGUCCACAUCUGUGAUGGUGAUGAGAUUUCUGGGUAGCUGUUAUCUGAAACACUGUGAUUAUGUGCUGGUUGUGUGGGUAGCGUCCCGACGAUUAGGAGUGCUUCUCCACCUGCUGGUGGGGCUUGAGUUCUUGCUGAUCCGUAGCAAGUCUCGCUUCGGCUCCAGACUUCUGCGAACGCACUGGACCCUGCCUGUCGUCCUCACGCUGAGUCUCAUAAGCAUACUUUUCGCUGGGGUCUUCGAAGCUUCUGUGUUUCUGGGCUCCCUAUAUUACAUCCAAGAGUACAUCCUUGUCACUGACCCAAAGCUGAGCUGGACUGAAGCCCAGAGCUACUGCAGAGCCAAGUAUAAUGACCUGGCCACCAUAUCCAAUGACCACAACUUCAGUGUGAUCACCAAAAUGACCUGGAACUGGACCAGCGCCUUCUGGAUCGGUCUGCAUGUCAACAGCUGGAGAUGGUCUCUUGUUGGUGAGCAUUUCUACACAGGUGUGGAGGAGGACUACAGGCAGUGGCAGGACAAUCAGCCGGACAAUGCAGCGCCACAGGAGAACUGUGCCUCCAUGAUGGAUGACGGCUUCUGGAGAGACAACAGCUGCAUGCUCAAAAUGCCUCUCAUUUGUUUCAGAGAGAAUGACGAGGCAAUUCAUGCAAACAUUUCUGAGGGAUCUGGAUCCACAUUUCAAAACGGAGAAGAUGGUCAAUACAUACUGGCAACCGAUGACAAGAGUUGGUAUGAAGCUCGAAACUACUGCAGGGAGCAUUACACCAAUCUGGUCGCUGUGAGGAGUUCGGCCGAAAACCAGGCGCUGAAGAACCUACUGCAGAAAAAACACAGUGUGCAGGAGGCCUGGAUUGGCCUCCACAGAGAAUCCUGGAAGUGGUCAGAUGGCAGCACAUCCCUUUUCAGAAUGUGGGGCCGCCAGCCUGAAAACGAAAACAACUCUCAAUCAUGUGUUGCCAUGGAAUAUGGUGGAUGGAGCAACCGGACAUGUAGCACUGGAUUCGGCUUUCUCUGCCAAAAGAUAACUGAACUUUCUGAAGGAACCUCAGCACCAGUCUCUGAACCUGCCAACGUCUCCCAAGUUAGGAGAAGGACUUCAUUGAAGAUGAAGUUCUCAACUGACUCGAACCUCGCAGACCCAAAGAUCCAACAUCAGCUCACACAGCAGAUUGAAUCCGUCUUGAACCGUCAGGGCUUUUUUGAUAUCAAGCUGCUCCGGUGGUCGGUGAGAGCAGAGCCAAAACCAACAGAGAGAGAUGAAUGUGGAGAAGAAAAAAAGAAAAAAGGUGGCUGAGACUUUUUGUUCAUCCAAAUGUGACUACAAAGAGGAAUCAUGACAAAAUGUUUAACAAUCACCUAAUAACAUCUAUGUAUUUUGUAAGCAGACAACUGGGAGUGUUAAAGUUAUCUGAAGUGGCACUGUUUUGUAUGUGUUGUUUGUUUUGUUAGAAUGAUCUACCUCAUACACAUUUCUUAAAGUGACAGAACUCUUUGAAGUAU